CCAUAUGAGACUUCGUGUGGGAACGAAUCUUUCUAUGCAGUUACACGAAAGACGCUUAAAAUUAUUGAGAAAUCUGUAAGUUGUGAUCGUUGUUGAUUUAUUUUUCACCAUGCUUAUUAAUACUCCCAAGAGAAUUUUGUUCAUUUUAUGCUUCUCGUGUUUCACGUCGAUGAAACAUUCGGCGAAUCCUCCAAUUACGAAAAUUACCGACUCCGAUAAGCAAAACAGAUUUCCAAUUAUUUCGCUUAUGAUGAAACCGUUCCAAAAUAGCCCAACGAAAACAAUCGACAUAGAAGAUUACCAGACAAAUACUCUGCAAUGGGUUCACAAAAGGCUGAUGCUAUUCAUACAGAAUUUAGAUAAGAAAAUUCUUUUUCAUUAUAAACCUGAUGGACAGUCGAAAAUAUUAGAUCGAGCACCCGAUCAAAGAACAGUACUCAGUUUUCAAUGGCAAGAUAUGAAGUCACAUUUUCUAAUUCCAAUAGCAAAAAAACACAUUCGAGUGUACACACCAGAAACCCUCAACAAACUGGAGAAAGUGAAACGAGCAUUCUUCACUGUAUUGAAGCUCUACAGAAUAAAACUGAUAACUUUGGAAAAAGAUAAAACACUGGAGAUGAAACGAGGCUACAAUAAGCAGUUGAAAUCUUUCGACAGAGAACAAGAUCUCGAAGGAGAGAGAAUAAUACUCCAUAAUGAACUGUAUACCUUAUUGGUAGAUUUACCAACAAUAUUGAUGUACUGGUCACCACAGGAGACAGAAGAAUUAAAGCAGUUUGCAGAAAUCUAUGGAAAACUACCCGAACCAAGUGAUGACGAUUUUGGAGACGAUGAUGAAGAUACAGUAACCUUUGGCGGAGGAAAUUUCAAAACUAAGGAGAAGAAUAAAAAAGAAAAACAUUCGGAUUCGUCUUCUGAUUCCAGCAGUAGCAGCGACUGUUUUUCUGAUCAUGAUAGUGAUUUUUUUGACAAACUUACACGAGAAGAUUUCUUGAGUGAAGACGAAAAUGGUAACACCUAG